CACACGUUUACACUCACCGCUCUUCUGCUAUUUGUCAGUUCAUUGUUGAUUCAGUCGAAAAAAUCAUGCUCAUUAAAGAAAUUCUACUCAUUUUGGUUGUACAUUUGAUUCUUACCAUCGCUGAUGAUGGAAAAGUCUCUCUGCUUCCAGAAUGGUUGGUAUUUGCGGGAAAAACCAAGGUUGAAAUCCAGAUAUUGGAACCUCGCGGAAUACAAGUGUGGACGAAGUACAAACCAAAAUAUCUCGUAUUCGGAAUCGAGCUCAUGGUUAAUCCAUCCAACGACAGGAUAAGUGGUUGCGAUUUUUGCAAAAAUGUGUCGGAACCAAUUGAUGGAAAGUUUCUCAUGGAAAACGACGACCUGAAGAUCAACUUGGGAGACACGAUAAAAUAUCGUUAUGUGAAAGUAAAAACUUCCGGAGUCAAAUGGUCUCCUUGGAGAACGGUGUUUGUGGAUAAGAACUUGUUUUCCAAUUUUAAUGAUCACUGUUCAGUGAUAUGUGAGCAAUCGGUUGACCAGGCAAAGAUACGUUUCCUAGAAGGUUAUCUGGACAACUUGCUGGACUCAUGUGGAUUGAUACCGCCAUCGGAACAUUUGUUCAUACCCUUCGAGCACGCGCUUCAAUUAGUCAGUGAUCCAGAACGUUUUGUAAAAUCCAGACUAUAUUCCUAUGAAGCUUUGAGGAAUCUUAUGGGCAGCGUCACCGGAAGUUACCUGUCUCAGGAUGGAGUAGGAUUUUCUAUGAAAACAGUUCGUGAUAAAUUGAAGGUUCUGGAAAUCGGCCGCGAAAUAGGCAUCGUGGACUACGACAAUUACAUGACUGAGCCUCAUUCUUCCUUUUGAAAAAAAAAACUCCACUAUUUUUCUAUUUCAAACAUAUCAUAAAAAUUUAUGAUUAUGUACGAACUUAACAAAAAUAAAGUCACUUAAAUGUACCUAUACCCAUACAAAAGGAGCCACCGAUUAAAAAAAGGAGCAUCUAGUAUAAAUGAGUUGUGUACUGCCUAUUACUUUUAUGCAAUCAACAAAUAGUGAAAAAAUCUGCAAGUGUUAAAAGCAUUG